AUGUUAGGCUGCGCAACGGGUAUCCGCGGGGCGGAUUAUGCUCUAGUGGAUAAUCCGUGCAUCCCAGGAGGUCAACAACAUUCCUCUGUCGAUGUUGGUAGUCCGAGUUGGCAGGAUUCGCGCGAAGAAGAAAUGAAUUAUUACUCGUUAUUUGCAGCUAGCGCAUUGCUGAUUGGAAAUGAUGAGUGGUCACCUCUGAAAAAUUCAAAGAAGUGGGGAUUAAAUAUAUUGCCAAUAUGGGUACAAGGGUCAGAUCAGAUGCGCUCUUAUAAUGGAGCAGAGGACAGCUGCCUCGAAAAGAAUUCCCGUCAAAUGGAAUUGUGA